AUUCAGUCUUGUCAAUGAACAAGAUAUUUGCGUAUAUGUUAAUUUUUGUAUACAUCCCGUAACAUAAAUAAGAAUAUUUCAAAAUGAAUUGGACUUUGUGGCUUUUUAUAAUUGGAUCUUUUUGUUGUAAAUAUAUACACGCUCAGCAACAAAGAGUUCCACCAGGUGUAUCACCUCAACAUUAUCAACAACCUGUUCAGCCAAUACAUCAAGUACCACAACAAAUACCACAACAACAGUACCAACAAGUACCAGGACAGGUACCUAUGCAACAAGUUCCAAAUCAACAAGUUCCAGUUCAACAAGUACCUGUACAACAGCAGCAUAUGUCAACUCAUCAGGUACCAGUUCAACAAGGGCAUGCACAUGAUCAUUCACAACCAUUACUUAAUGCUGCCAAUAUAGUUAAUGAAAAAGUACAUAUAGCAGAGCAUAUGGAGGUUCCAAUAGAUACUAGUAAAAUGACAGACCAGGAAUUGCAGUUUCAUUAUUUCAAAAUGCACGAUGCAGAUAACAAUGAUAAAUUAGAUGGUUGUGAGCUUAUAAAAUCCUUGAUUCACUGGCAUGAACAAAGAAACAAUGAGGUUACUGGGCCCAAUCCUACAGAAAAAUUGUUCAAGGAUCAGGAGUUGGUUACUUUAAUAGAUCCAAUACUUUCUAUGGAUGAUAUCAAUAAUGAUGGGUAUAUUGAUUAUCCUGAAUUUAUACAAGCACAGCAAAAUGCGGCAGCUACCGGUCGGCAGUAA